UGUUAAACUGGUGGACACUGGACAGAGAGUCAGGACACACCAAUGAUAGAUAGGGAAGAUGUCCAAAAAAUCCAACAGAAAAAAUAGGAAGGUUGUCAAAAUUCCAUGAGGAAACCUUACCCAAAAGCCUUAUCACACACAAUUUGACAGGCAGAGAAAUAGCCACACAAGCCCCCCCAGAAAGAGAGAAUUUUCAGAAAGAAAAAAAGAAAAAAAAAAAACUGUCACCACCCAUCCCCACAGUCUCCCUCCACAACCACACGGUGCCUUAACUUCCAUUUCUUCUCUACUCAGAACUGAUAUCAACUAACAGUAUCAAAUCCCAAAUGAUUCAGCCCAUCCAAUCCGCACACUUAUAUAGAAUGAGCGAAUUGGCGGAUACCCAGAGGUAAGAUUUCUCCAUAGGGAGUUAUUUGUCACAUUCAUAUACAGAUAUUCAUAUCCAAUUCUGUAUUGGAGAUUUUGGGUUUUCUAAAACCCAUUACUUUUGUAGCUGUGUCCUUUUCUUGAGAAUUCUGUUGUGGGUUUUUGCCUGUUAAACAUCCAUAUUAGAAUAAAGGUCCAUAAGAAACUUGUAAGAGAAAGAAAUUAGAGAGAGAUAGAGUUGAGGUGGUUGUUAUAUUUGCAAGACUAUACAUUUGUUCCUACAUUACAGUUUAGGUUGUGAAAAAGUCUUGUUGGGGUAAAUUCUGAUGGUUUUGGACAUAUAAUUGUGACAAUGGCUUCUGUGGCUUCCCUGGUGAGUUUGGGAAGCACAAGUGUGAGUCAAUCCGGGUAUUCGGAAGGAUCUCUUUCGCUAGUCCAUGGCUUUUCUCUUUCUAGAAAUGCCGGUAGUUUUCGCCCAAUUUGGGUUGGGAAAAGAUGGAGGUAUGUGGGUGUAUGUAGAUAUUCGGUAACAACAACUGAUUACAUAGAUGAGCAAGGGACUUCAGUUUCCCUUGAUAGAGGAAGUAAAGACAAAAAUGAUGUUGAUCUUGUUCUUAAGGCGGCCCCAAAGCCAUUGUUGAAGUCUCCACCCAAAAUUCAACCCCCUGUAAACAAUAACACAAGAAACUCAGUGGGUUGGGACCCAUCGAAACUUGGUGGGCAUUCUGAGGAUGGGAAGUCGAUGGAUGAUGAAGGAGAAAGGAAUAAAGUGAUGGAGUCAUUGGGAGAGGUAUUGGAGAAGGCAGAGAAGUUAGAAACUAGUAGCACUAAAAGAGUUAGCAUAUCAGUAAAUAAAACACCCACAAAUACAACUGCUGACCAAAGAAAUGCCAAACCAGUUAAUUCGGUGGAUGGUUUGAAGUCUACAGCUUCAAAGAGUGUUUGGCGGAAGGGAAACCCCGUGGCUAGUGUACCAAAAUUUGUCAAUGAGCCUCCUAAAGUUGAGAAGAUUCGGAAACACGAACCAUGGGUAAAGGAAGUGGAUAAGGUGGACUCUCAGCUUGUUGGGAACCUAGGACCAGCGGAUAAGGAGGAAUCUCAGCCUGUUGGGAACCUAAGACCACCGGAUAAGGUAGAGUCUCAGCCUGUUGCAAACCUAAGACCACCUCAACCCCCUCUAAGAGUUCAACCGGCAUUACAAGCAAAGCCAGCUGUAGCUCCACCGCCUGCUCCUCCACCUUUGGUCAAGAAACCUACCAUCUUGAAGGAUGUGGGCGCUGCUCCAAAAACCCCAACUAUAGAUGGAAUUGAUCUAGCUUCAAAAACGAAGGAGCACAAAACAAUAUUGGUUGACAAAUUUGCAUCAAAGAAGCCGCUGAUUGAUCCUUUGAUUGCUGAAGCAGUAUUAGCACCUCCAAGACCUGGAAAGGGUCCCGCCGCUGGAAAACUUAGAGAUGACUUUCGAAAGAAAAGUGGAGGUCCAUCUGGAAGAUUGCGGAGGCGUAAGGGUGAUGAGGAUGAGAUUGCUGAUGAGGAGGCCGCGCUACUUGAUGUUUCAAUUCCAGGUGUUACUAAAAGAAGGAAGGGAAGGAAAUGGAGCAAGGCAAGUCGGAAGGCAGCUAGACUGCAGGCGGCUAGAGAGGCGGCGCCUGUCAAAGUAGAAAUUUUGGAGGUUGGUGAAGAAGGUAUGAUGGCUGACGAGUUAGCCUACAACUUGGCUAUCAGUGAAGGAGAGAUUUUUGGUUAUCUGUUUUCUAGGGGGAUGGGAAUGCAUGGGUUGCAAAGUAUUGACAGAGACGUGGUGAAGAUGAUUUGUAGAGAGUACGAUGUGGAAGUGAUAGAUGCUGACCCCACCAGAGUGGAGGAUAUGGCUAGGAAGAAGGAAAUUCUUGAUGAAGAGGACCUGGACAGUUUAGAAGACAGGCCUCCUGUCCUUACUAUAAUGGGUCAUGUGGACCAUGGGAAGACAACUCUCCUGGACUACAUACGGACGAGCAAGGUAGUUGCUUCUGAAGCCGGUGGGAUUACACAAGGAAUUGGGGCAUAUGUGGUACCCGUACCUAUUGACGGAAAGUUGCAAACAUGUGUAUUUCUUGAUACUCCUGGACAUGAGGCUUUUGGGGCAAUGAGAGCUCGUGGAGCGAGGGUGACAGACAUUGCUAUCAUUGUAGUGGCUGCUGAUGAUGGUAUCCGUCCUCAAACAAAUGAGGCCAUAGCUCAUGCCAAAGCAGCUGGUGUACCCAUCGUGAUUGCAAUAAAUAAGAUAGAUAGAGAUGGAGCUAAUCCAGAUCGGGUGAUGGAAGAGCUUGUUUCAAUUGGUUUAAUGCCAGAAAAUUGGGGUGGCGAUGUCCCAGUGGUUCAGGUCAGUGCCCUUAAAGGGGAUAAUGUGGAUGAGUUGUUGGAAACUGUUAUGCUGGUUGCAGAGUUGCAAGACCUGAAGGCUAAUCCUCAUAGAAGUGCAAAGGGAACCGUAAUUGAAGCAGGUCUUGAUAAAUUUAAAGGACCGGUGGCCACAUUCAUUGUGCAGAAUGGGACUCUUAAGAAAGGGGAUAUAAUUGUUUCUGGUGCAGCCUUUGGAAAGGUCCGGGCUUUAUUUGAUGAAAAGGGAAAUCGUGUGGAUCAAGCUGGACCAUCAAUUCCUGUACAGGUCAUCGGAUUGGAUAAUGUUCCAAUUGCUGGUGAUGAGUUCGAGGUUGUUAGCUCACUCGAUGCUGCACGUGAAAAAGCAGAGGCACGUGCAGAGUCAUUGCGAAAAGAUCAUAUUGCAGCCCAGGCUGGGUAUGGGAAGGUUACACUUGCUUCAUUAGCUUCUGGUGUUUCAAAGGGGAAAUCUGGAUUAGACGUGCACCAGUUGAAUAUAGUUCUGAAGGUUGAUGUUCAGGGAUCGAUAGAGGCUAUAACACAAGCCCUGCGGGUGCUCCCACAAGAUAAUGUAUCUUUGAAGUUCCUUUUGCAAUCACCCGGGGAUGUCAGCACCAGCGAUAUUGACCUUGCGGUUGUCAGUAAAGCAAUUGUUCUGGGAUUUAAUGUCAAAGCGCCUGGUCCUGUUAAGGCCUAUGCGGACAACAAAGGCAUAGAGAUUCGUCUGUAUAAAGUUAUCUAUGACCUUAUUGAUGAUGUGCGAAACGCUAUGCAGGGACUUCUGGAGCCUGUUGAGGAACAUGUAACAAUUGGCGCAGCAGAAGUCCGGGCCAUAUUUACCAGUGGUAGUGGUCGUGUUGCUGGCUGCAUGGUAACAGAAGGAAAAGUUGUGAAAGAUAGUGGCAUUAGGGUUCUGAGAAAUGGAAAGAUAGUAUAUGUUGGUGUCCUCAAUUCUUUGAGACGGGUUAAGGAGAUGGCGAAAGAGGUAAAUGCAGGACUGGAGUGUGGCAUUGUGACGGGUGACUUCGAUGAUUGGGCGGUGGGAGAUAUUAUUGAGGCUUUCAAGAGUGUGAAAAAGAAGCGGACGCUUGAAGAGGCUUCAGCCACAAUGGCAGCUGCAAUUGAAAGAACUCAGCAAUGACCAUAUGUACUUCCUCAUCUGUCGACAUGUGUUUUACCUUGGGCAGAUUUGAGGUACGAUCUGUCCCUGAGAUUGACGUCACUCGGGUGGACGUGAUACGGAUGAGUACUCACUGAGUUUAACCCGUCCCUGAUACUUGGCUCGGUGGAUAUUAGCUAACAGGGUUUUGGUCCUUUGUUGAAAGUUGUUAUGAUGUAGAAUGUAAAUAGAGAAUAUAUCAGAUUCAGCUUCUUGUUGUAAAGAGGAACAAAGGGAUCAUUCAUUCAAACGCGAAAGAUUCAGUGAUGUACCAGUUACAAUUACACGUGCAGAAAUAUUCAAAAAAAAAAAGAUGCUCUGAGUUAGAUGCAUCAUCCCUUAACCUGAAA